AUGGACUCCAUAGACAAGAAAGUUCAUGAGAAGUUAGAUGAAGAAGAACUUGAAGAUACAGUAGAGAAUGCUAAACCUUUGUUCGAACAAGAAGUUAGAAAAAUGCAUGAAAAACAAUUAGAACAUGAACGUGAGAUAUGUUAUGGUUAUAGAGAUUCUCCAUACGAACUAGACCAAUGGGAACAAGAAGAUUUAAAGAGAGAAUUUAGAGAAUAUGAACUCGCUAAGAUGGCAUUAGAAGCUGCAGAAAAGAAGUUAAAAGUUUGGGGUCGUUUUGUACAAAAAUAUUGUGAGUAA